AUGAAGAUCUUUAUUCUCCAUGCUAUCGUGGGAUUGCUAAAUCAUUCCAUCACCACUACCGCUUCUCCUCAUCAUGCUUUGAGCCCACGUGACACCAACUUCAUCCCACCACCGCCUAAGCCAGAGCCAAUAGAGCUGGUCCGUCUACCACUACCUCCAGGCAUCUCCUCCAAUACACCGGGCUCUUGUGAUGAAAGGGCAAAUCCACGAAGAACCGGGUGUAUGCGUGUCAAGAGCGAGCGCGACUUCCAGUCCGGGAGUUUCCUCCCUGACGGAAAGCAUGUUCUUGCACUUGUGCCGUUUAUCGGAGCGCCCCCUGCGCCCGAACCGGCCAGCAUUUAUAAUGGCUCGCAAAUCAUCAUCAUCAAGACUGAUGGCACGUACUUCCCUAAUGGUGAUAGCUGGAAAUGUAUCACCUGUGGCAUACCGGUCGAGAAUGCCAUCGGACGAAGCACAGCUAUGGACUACCCACAAGCCUUCAUCGAUGGCAAGCGUAUCUUGUUUGGGACCAACAUUGCUGACUGUGGGAAUCACCUGCUCACCAGUGAGGAAUGUACCCCGGACAAGACGCACAUAUAUCCCAUCCGAUGGAACACCAGCCCAGAUGGCAGUGGCUCAGGAGGAGCCAUCAGAGAACUUCGACUCCAUCCCGACAAUGUCCAUCUAGGGUUCAGUUCAUUCACCACCGGUGCUAAGCUGGGACAGUUCGGCUACUUUUCUCGUUUACAAUUUAACCCAAAGCCAACAACUGGCUUGCCACUUGCCCCGAGGUACGACCUGCUCAACGUCUACAGAAUGUACCGGGAAAACGGCCCUAACACGUUGUCGAUUCGUGGAGACCAGUUGUACAUCAAUGAGAGCGCUGUCGUUGUUGGUGAGCUUCGAGGGUUCAGCGGCCGUGGUGACGAAAUUGUUUAUGUCGGCAAUCCUGUCGAAUCAUCUAACUUGGAUGUGUUUGCUGCAAAUAUGCAGACCGGCCGGGUGCGCCGCAUAACUGCUCACCCCGAGUACGUCGACCCCAUUGACCACUCCCCCGAUGGAAGAUGGUGGGCCAUCAUGGACACACGUGAUACCGACCGGCAGAUGUUUCUCUCCGGCAUGCGCAAUGUGCCUCCUAUCACCGAUCUGGUUACAACAUUGGUGACGUCGGCCACUCGGAAUAACGGACAGCGGCGCUUCUUCGUGCCUUACCUUCUCGAUAACGCUGGUGACAGGCAGAACUACUACGGUCAGAAAAUCAAUGGUCCUGGCUUUAGCGCUCCUGGCAGUGGUGACUUCAGAGAUCCUGAAUGGAACGGGCAGGCGGAUCCUCGCUGGUCUCCUGAUUCCACGCAGCUGGUUUAUUGGGAGGCUCAUGUUGAGUUCCCGGCCUGCGGCGGUGCGAACCCGCUGCCGUGCUAUUCAUCCAAGGAGCCCGACGGCAAGGACAUUCGCAUCAUCUUGGCUAAAUUCACUGGCCGCAAGCCUUCCAAAUAUGUGCCUGUGGCCCCUGUCCCGGAUGAAAUUCCCUGGGGUGAGCUCUACGUCCCAGGGAGCGCCGAGCCGGAGCGAACAGCCUUGAAACCUGGCCGCUUCACUCUCCAAGCUAGAGUGUCGGGUUAUGCUGACGUUCGCAUCGAUCAUACUGUUGAGUCAACUGAGCCGAAUCAGGUUGCUGUCACUUAUCAUAAUUACUCGGACGAUGGUAUAACAUUCCUCAACGGCUGGGAAAAUGUUACUAGCAUAAUCAAGAGUCCCACCCUCAACCAUGUUGAUUGGUACUCUGACUUGGUGCAAGUGGGAUCUCGGGGCAUCCGUAACACCAAAAAGACGAGUGUUGAUGGCUUCCAUUUGGACAUUGACGUGCUGACCAAUUUCUUCAAUGCUAAUGGCACGAUGACUACCACCAUUGGAGAUAAGGUGUACAAGCAGCCUCUGAACAACGCCUAG